GGGGACCUUGCUGUCUAACACAUCCUCACCACAUAGAACUACUACUUCUUCCAGCUAGUUGAUUUUUCUUGCUACUGAUCUAAAAAUGGUGCUCAAGCUGCAUGGACUUUCUGUGUCGACCAACACAGCUCGUGUCGUGGCUUGUCUACAUGAGAAAGAUGUCGAUUUCCAGCUUGUCCCGGUUGAUCUCUUUGCCCGUGGAAACAAGGAGCCUUCUUUUCUUGCCAAGAAUGUAAGUUUCUUUCCCAUGCUUGUAUUACAAGCUUAUAAUUUCAUUCUAUCAUCAUAUAAGCUCAUUUCGACUGUUAGCAGUCGUUUAAUUCGUAUAUAUGUUUGUUCUCAAUCCUCUAUCUUGCAGCCCUUUGGCCAGAUUCCAGUAUUAGAAGAUGGUGACAUCACUCUUUUUGAAUCUAGGGCAAUCUCAUCCUACAUAGCAGAAAAAUUCAAGGAAACCGGAACCGAUCUCAUACGGCACGAAAGCUUCAGUGAAGCUGCACUGGUGAAGGUUUGGACAGAAGUUGAAUCCCAACAAUACCACCCAGCAAUCUGUCCCAUUAUAUACGAGUUUUUCGGAAAGCCAGUGCAAGGCUUGGAACCAGACCAGGCAGUGAUAGAUGCAAAUUUGGAGAAGCUAGAGAUGGUGCUCGAUGUUUAUGAGGCCAAGCUGAGCAGCACCAAGUACCUUGCUGGUGAUUUCUACAGCCUAGCCGAUCUUCACCAUUUCCCUUACACUUUUUACUUCAUGAAGACUCCUUUGGGCUCAGUGAUCAGUGAUCGUCCUCAUGUUAAGGCCUGGUGGGAUGACAUUACAGCUAGGCCUGCUUUGAAGAAAGUUGCUGAGGGUAUGACUUUCGGUGAGAAUCAGUGAACGAAAUCGAGUGGUUUUGAGUUAUCUACAUGUUUUAUUGGAUGGAACUGAUAUGAUGGAAGAUAUAUAGUUUUUGAGGCAAAUUUGUAUGCAUCGCUCUAUAUCUUAUUGUAUCCUAAGUUCCUAACUAAUUUUAAUUUGAAUGUUGGGUGUUGGGUGCUUAGUCCAUCACUUUCUUGAGCAC